CUGGCCCCGCCGGGACAGCCACCGAGCCUUUGGCUUCCUCUGCCACUCCUCAGGCAGCUACUGUGCCCGUCCAGGCUCACGGCGCAGCGGGGGCGCCCGCCCCUCCCGUCCCCGGAGCCGAAGCUAGAGCCCGAGCCCGAGCCGUCAGCGCAGCGAAAGGAGCAGCGCCAGCCCUCUGGGGCUAGCAGGGGCCGCAGCCGCUGUCCGCGGUUCUGAAAUGAAGGCGGCGGCGCGCCAUCGGCCCUGAGUCCCAGAGCAGGCGGCGGGGAGGACGGAGGGAGGAGCCGCCAUGCGGGCGGCCCGGCCAGCGGACGCCUCCCUGCUCUACAUCCCCGCCACGCUUCUGCUCUGCCUCAGCUCCGCCAGCCUGUGCUUGGUGGAGGCGGACAGCCCCUCUGCCCCAGUCAAUGUCACGGUCAGACAACUGACGGCCAACUCAGCGAUGGUGAGCUGGGAUGUGCUGGACGACGAGGUGGUCAUUGGGUUUGCAAUUUCUCAGCAGAAGAAAGAUGUGCGGAUGCUGCGAUUUAUCCAGGAGGUAAACACUUCUACCCGUUCAUGUGCCCUGUGGGACCUGGAGGAGGACACAGAGUACAUCGUUCAUGUGCAGGCCAUCUCCAUCCAGGGCCAGAGCCCUGCCAGUGAGCCUGUCACCUUCAAGACCCCUCGAGAGGCAGAGAAGUUGGCCUCCAAAAACAAAGAUGAGGUGACCAUGAAGGAGAUGGGAAUGAAGAGCCAGCAGCUUCGGACAGGCGAGGUGCUCAUCAUCGUGGUGGUCCUGUUCAUGUGGGCGGGUGUCAUCGCCCUCUUCUGUCGCCAGUAUGACAUCAUUAAGGACAACGAACCCAACAGCAAGGAGAAAGCCAAGAGCGCCUCGGAGAACAGCACCCCAGAGCGCCAGGGCGGGGGCCUCCUGCGGAGCAAGAUAUGAAAACCUCUUACCUACUCAAUGGGCUUUGAGCACCUGGGAAGAACAGAACUAGAGGAUCGUUGUUCUGAUGAUGGUCAUUCAGCUCCUGGUCCUCUCUAUCUCUUCUUCUCUCUACACUAUCAGCCUUCUCACCUCCCUACCCCCAGAGUUGGGUUUCCUCUUCUCAGUCCCUGCUUCCAGCAUUUAUUUCUCCAGUGUGCUUUCCCUGAGAAGCAGCAUCUCUGUGUGUGUGUGUGUGUGUGUGUGUGUGUCUCUCUCUCCCUCUCUUUCUCUAUCUAUCUCCAUACUCACCAGCUCCAAAAAUCCUCUCAAUGGAUCUAGUUGUCAUAGGUACGCUGAAGCUCCAAGACACCAAGGACCAGUUGGAAAGAUUGUAGUGAGGGGUGAUGUUCAUUGUCCCUGGGCACCCAAGAAACUGGGGGAGGUUACAGGCCAAACAGGAGGCUGGGGAACAAUCAGGAGACUCCAGCUGGUUCCCAGCUUUCCAGGCCCAUAGGUCCAGGCUUCAACAAGGGCAGCCUGUUCGCAUCACCCCCAUAGGUACUCCACCUCUGACUUCUCACCAGCUCCAAGCCUACUAACUAGGCUUGGCAAUUUCUCCCAUUUCUCUCUCCCCACCUCCCAAAUCUAAGCUCUUUAUGACCAUCACUGAAGUGUGACUGGCUUUCUGCAGGGAGACAACCAACAUUUCUCUUUCCUUUUCCCUCUACCUCCCUGUACCCCACUCCAAAAAGCCCUGGGAGCAGAGAGAGGUAGGACUGUUCCAUGGUUUGGGAAAGUACUUAGCUGGCUGCAUGCUCCACUCCUGCCUUCCACCUCCAUUCCUGCCUUCCACCUCCUUGUCCUACAAUGGAAAAGGCAACUGAACUUUAAAAAAAUUCAAAAUCCUGAUUUAAAAAAACAAGCCCAAUCACCAGCUAUUAGCAUCUUCUAAACAGAACCAUAGCACCUCUGACACAGUGCCCAUACAAGCCAAUCUUGGUUUUGCCUUCUCUUUCCCAGACCACUUUCCCCUUUUGGUAAAUGCACAAUGUUUUCAGUCUUUCUGCAUCCAUGCCCGCUGGACUGAAAGCACCAAGAACCUAGAUAAGCCAUGUUCCUCAAAUAACUUGACAGGGAAGGGUAGGGCUUACAAGCUGGCAGUGACGCAGCUGCCUCCCUGCUUCUUCUCAUCCAGCCAUUAUCAACUCUGGUUGGUUUGAGUGUGAUGCACAAUUUCCAAGAUGAUGUGUAUGACACUUAGACUCUGUUCCAGUGAGUCUGAGAAUGCCCCCAUGGGACCUGGUCCACCUCUCAUCACUCAUUCUCCUAUCUGUCUUCCUAUGCCCUGCAUCAACUUGGCUCCUUGUGUCUAGUAUGAGAUGAUGAGAGUGAGGUCAGAAUCAUUUUCAGAAGACCUUAAGCAGUGAAGGGAAAGGGGAACCUGACCCUAUCUCUGAUAGAGUUUUAUCAAUGAUGGAUCUAACAAGUGUCACCAUUAUCUGUUCACAUCUUACACCUGGGUGGUUAUGGGAGAAUCCUGACAUUGAGCUGAUCCUGCUCAAAGAGGGUUGGCAGAACUGAUAAAUUCUCCAGCUGAUUGAGCACCAAGACAGGUAGGGCAGGGAAGGCCUGGCCACUUUCUCUCUUCUGGGCAUUUCAUCAAUUCACCAUCUCAUUCAGGACUCUAUGAAAGCCAAUGGAGACCUUAUAUGCUGCUCUGGGUCCUUAGGAGAGUUCGGCUAGGAAAGAUCUCCCUACUGCCUCUUUCUAGCGAGGAGGGAUGCUUAAGAAGAGACUAGUGACAGAGGGAGAAUUAGAAGGUGGUAUAAAAAGCCUCAUCUUCCCAACUCAUGAAGAAUCAUGACAUGAAGAAAGACUGGUCCCCACACCUGCUACCAGAGAAUGAAUAUGGGACCCUGAGAUCCAAGAAAGAACACCAGCACCCAGGCCAUAGCACCUCUAGCUGCUGCAAGCAGUGACAGUGCCACCCUGCCAUCCCCACCCCCCAUCCGCAGGCUCCCACUAGCUGAGAUCAGCCACCACCUCAUUUUCCCAUUCACUUUCAAACGGGUGACCAGGGGAGGUGGAAAUGGAGUGAAAGGCUGAGCCCCUCCACAUCAAGGGCUUCCCCACCCACCAAGAGAAGAGCCUCUCCAUCUCCCUCAUCUUGUGACUUCCAUCCUUGCUGAACGGGGCUUGCAGCCAAGGCUCCUUAGGGAAGAGGUCUUUACCUCCGGUACUGUUAGAGCAAUAAGCAAUUUUUAAUGUAAAAUAAAAAGGAAAAUGA